GAAGACGAAGGAAAUUUUUUGCCGGGCGUGCUGAUGUCCUUUUUCGGGUGAAGCCAACUCAUUUGCCAGCCGGCAAGCGCAGGACCAUCAGUCAUCACCAGUCAGGAUGUGGCACGAGGCGAGGAAGCAGGAGCGCAAGAUCCGCGGCCUGAUCGUCGACUACCGCAAGCGGGCGGAGCGGCGGCAGUACUUCUACGACAAGAUCCAGGCGGAUCCCACGCAGUUCCUGCAGCUGCACGGCCGGCGGAGCAAGAUCUACUUGGAUCCCGCGGUGGCCGCCGCCGGCGAUGGAGCCGCCAUCAUUGUGCCUUGGCAGGGUCAGCAGGACAACCUCAUCGACCGCUUCGAUGUGCGUGCCCAUCUGGAUCACAUUCCCUCGGUGACCAAGGGGGGCGCCGAGGGGGCUGACGUGGACUCCGAGCUGACCACCGAGGAGCGGCAGCUGAACUACGAGCGCUAUCGCAUCCUGGCGCAAAACGACUUCUUGAACGUCAGCGAGGACAAGUUCCUGCACCAGCUCUACCUGGAGGAGCAGUUUGGGGCCAAUGCCCAGCUGGAGGCGGAGCGUAAUCUGGCCAAGAAGAAGCAGAAGACCGGUGGAGCCACCAUUGGCUACUCCUACGACGAUGCUGGGGAUGCAGCGGCGACCAUUGGGCCGCAGCCCUUUGGAGCCGCCAGUUCGACGGGAAGCGGAGGAGCAGCCGUUGCUGCCGCUGCUGCUGCCGGCAAGGGCGACAAGGCGGAGGGCAGUGACGAGUCCGAUUCGGACAUCGACAUGGACGUGUCCAUAGACAUCGGCAAGCUGGACAACUCGCAGGCGCACGAGCUGAACGCCUGCGGGCGCAACUACGGCAUGAAGAGCAACGACUUCUUCUCGCAUUUAACCAAGGAUGCGGACGAGGCGGAUGCCCUGCGCAUCGCUCGCGAGGAGGAGCAGGAGAAGAUGCUGCUGAGCGGGCGCAAGUCGCGGCGCGAGCGACGCGCCCAGAAGGAGCGAAGGAUCGCCAACAGGCCCUUCAGUCCGCCCAGCUAUGCGGCCAAGGAGGACAAGGACAAGAAGGGCGGCGGCAACAAGAGCGGCGACAAGGAAAAGGAGGAGGACAGCGACUCGCGCUCGCCCUCGCCUGCGGAGGCGGGGCCCGAGAAGAUCACGUACAUUACCUCAUUCGGCGGCGAGGACGAGAUGCAGCCGCACUCCAAGAUCACCAUCAGCCUGACCAAGCCGGGCCUGACUCUCGGUGAAUCCUGCAUUAAUGCUAGUAGUGGAGCAGCCAUGGCGGCCGCCGCUGCAGCCUCCUCGGUUUCCUACGCGCAGAAGGUGAAGGAUAACCUAGACAAGUUGAAGGUGAUGAACGAGUCGGCCAAGCGCAGCAGACGCCGAACCCGUUCGCACUCCCGCUCGAGGUCAAGAAGCGCCUCCGGAUCAAGGAGUCGCAGUGGCAGUCGGCGGAGAAGUCGCCGCAGUCGUAGCUAUCACCGAAGGAGCAGGACGCGAUCCCGACGACGGCGUAGGUACUACUCGAGGUCAAGAUCCCGCUCGAGAUCCAGAUCCAGGUCGAGAUCGAGAUCUACGUCUCGCUCUGGCUCGUGGAAGCGCUACAAGACGCGCAGUCCCAGCUACAAGCGGUCCAGGAAGCGCUACUCCUAUUCCUCCCGCAGCUCCAGCGGCAGUUCGUACAGGCGGAGAAGCCGCUCCCGCUCUCGUUCCCACUCCAGUCGCAAGAGUCGCGUCAAGAAGAAGACCACACCGCCGCCAGUGGCCACAGUGGGUGGUUAUUGUCUGAGCACCACCACCACUACAACCACAUCCACGCUGACGGCGGUGAAACUGCUCCAGCAGCAGCAGCAGCCGCCGGUGAAAGCCACGCCACCCAUGAUCAGCUAUCCACUGCCCGCAAGAGUGCUCCAGGCAAACCAAUCCGCCGCUGUGCAACCGCAAGUGGUGGAGCCGCCACCGCCGCCACUGAAACGCUACUAUGGAAGGAAGAGAGCCAAUGACACCUCCUCCUCAUCCUCGUCGGGCGGGGAGAACAGCGAGGCCAGCGACAACGAGGAGCAGCCACAGCCGCCGUUGGGAAAGCGAGCAGACGAUUCCGAUGAUAUGGAAGUGGAGACUGCGUCCGAGCGUUCCCAUGCCCUCCAGCCGACCAUGUCGUCAUCGAGCAGCACGGGUAAUCAAACAGGCAAAUAUAGUUCUGCUACCGAAACCAAAGGCUCUGGACAUCCGAGUUCUGGUGGCGGACGGCCCAAUCUGCGCGAGCGGCUUAAGCGAAAGAUGCAGAACCUACUGAACAGGCAAUAUAAAGCCGAUAAGCGUGCCGAGAUCGAAAAGACCGAGCGGGAGCGACUGCAGCAGCAGGAGCGCGAGGACGAGAUGCGCGAGCUGGCGCUGAAGCUGCGCAGGAGGCGUCGUGAGCUGCGACACAAAUACGGAACGCCCUCGAGCGGGAAGCUUUCUGGGAGCGAAGCGGAAUCGGUGGCCUCGGAGAGCCAGCUGGCAAAGACCUCCUCCCGUCGCAGUCGCAGCAGAUCGCACAGUCGCCGGCGGACUCCUCCGCCGGACACACAGCACAGCCGGCGGAGCAGCAGUCGAACGGAGAGGAGGCGACGCACAAGGACGCCCAGUCCCAAGUACAACCGGAGGCAGCGCUCGCGCUCCCGGAGCGGCAGUCGCGUGGAUCGCAAGCGACGUUCCCACAGCCGGCGACGAAGUGGCAGUCGGGAUCGCCGUCGAUCGCGCAGCCGACGAAGUCAGUCCAGGCGGCGGAGGCAGCGGGACCGCAGCAUGGAGCGGAACCGCGAGCGGGAGCGGUACAGGCAACAGCAUCAGCAGCAGCAGCAGCACCAACAGCAGCAGCAGCAUCAGCACGACAGGAUGCGGGGACGGGACAGAGAUCGGGAUGCGGAUUACGGUCAUGGCGGCAGCGGUUCUUCAAAUCGAGGUCGCGUCGUCAUCUCCGCCCCGCCAAAGCUCAAGAAACUGGUUGACUACUGAGCCCGAAAGCGCUGUGAAGGAGACUCUUUUUCUAUUCACUUUAUACACUUGAUAUUCGCUCGUUUGUUUAUAGACGUAGGAGCGUGUUCUGCGUUAACUGUUGAUUCUGGCCCCAAUAAAAUAAUUUAAGCCCA